AUGUGUCUGGUUUUUCAAAGGAAAAAAGGCUCGGUGGACCGGCCCUGGUAUGUCUUGUUCGCGGUGGACCGGCCCUGGUAUGUCUUGUUCGCGGUGGACCGGCCCUGGUGUGUCGUGUUCGCGGUGGACCGGCCCUGGUAUGUCUUGUUCGCGGUGGACCGGCCCUGGUGUGUCGUGUUCGCGGUGGACCGGCCCUGGUAUGUCUUGUUCGCGGUGGACCGGCCCUGGUAUGUCUUGUUCGCGGUGGACCGGCCCUGGUGUGUCGUGUUCGCGGUGGACCGGCCCUGGUAUGUCUUGUUCGCGGUGGACCGGCCCUGGUAUGUCUUGUUCGCGGUGGACCGGCCCUGGUGUGUCGUGUUCGCGGUGGACCGGCCCUGGUAUGUCUUGUUCGCGGUGGACCGGCCCUGGUAUGUCUUGUUCGCGGUGGACCGGCCCUGGUAUGUCUUGUUCGCGGUGGACCGGCCCUGGUGUGUCGUGUUCGCGGUGGACCGGCCCUGGUAUGUCUUGUUCGCGGUGGACCGGCCCUGGUAUGUCGUGUUCGCGGUGGACCGGCCCUGGUAUGUCUUGUUCGCGGUGGACCGGCCCUGGUAUGUCUUGUUCGCGGUGUGCCGGCCCUGGUAUGUCUUGUUCGCGGUGGACCGGUGCACGGUGGUGUGGUGUGUCCAGGGCGAGCGGCUGCAGGCGCAGGAGCAGCCGGCGCCGUACGGCCGCCCGGGCGGGCUCGUGGGGGACCGCCUGGGCGACAUGGGCCUGGACCUGGGCCUGGGCGGUCUCCUGCUGCGGCCCGGCUCGGAGACCUCGCUGCUGCCGCCCAUCUCCAGGGAGUUCCUGGGCGCGGCCACCAGCCCCUCCUCCAGCCCCGAGUCACCUCUGGGCGCGGAGCAGGCCCCCUCCUCCCCACUGGUCCACCAGGAGGCGCCGCAGUACCCCGCCCGCUGCAAGGCGCGCGAGGACUUCCUGCAAGACAUGCGGCGGGCCCAGCAAACGGAGAACUACAACCCUCUACAAAGGUUCUACAUGAGGACUUUCGAAUCUUUCGUCGAAAUAUGCGCCCUUUUCAAGAUGAACAAGGAUGAGACGGCGACCAACCCCGACGACCCUGGCCUGAACAUGGAGUUGCUAUACGCGGUGCAUGACGGCCUCAGAUCGCUGCCGUCGAUAAUUCACAAAACUGUACUGAAGUCCAUAAUAAAUGCACUCCUAGAAGAAAACCGACUGCUGCACCCCAAGGACGAGGUGCGCGCGCUCUACGCGCUGCUGCAGAACCCGGUGUUCGCCGCGCAGUCCUCCUACACCAUCUUCGCGCACCUGCUGAGGCAGGUGGUGGCGCUGCCCGGCGCCGACCACCAGCUGCUCGUCGGCUGGCUGCGCGUGCUGGAGGUGGAGCGACUGCGCAUGCUCGUGCGCCACCUGCAGCAGUUCAUCAGCAUCAGGCAGUUCCCGCCCUCGGACAGGUCGCUGCCGCCGCCGGGCAGGAGUCGCUGGUGGAUCCCCACGGCCACCAAGACGCUCGCCCUCGUCAACGCGGCCAACAACGCUUCCAGCCCGCCCCUGCUGGACUACUCGGAGCUGUACAACUCGGCGCUGGACCACAUCGACCUGAUGCAGGACUACUUCAACUGGCAGAGCCCUCAGCGGCCCGGCCACUUCGCCUACUGCCAGUACCCCUUCAUCCUCAGCAUCGUGGCCAAGCGCGUCAUCCUCACCAAGGACUCGGAGCAGCAGAUGAUCCUGACGGCGCGGCGGUCGCUGGUGGCCAAGGUGGCGCGGCACCAGGCCCCGCAGAUCGACAUCUUCUUCCUCAACAUCCACGUGCGACGGUCGCACCUCGUCUCCGACUCGCUCAACGAGAUCGCCAGCAAGCAGAAGGACCUGAAGAAGAAGCUGAAGGUGUCGUUCGUGGGCGAGCCGGGACUGGACAUGGGGGGGCUGACCAAGGAGUGGUUCCUGCUGCUCAUCAGGCAGAUCUUCCACCCGGACUACGGCAUGUUCGUGUACCACCCGCACUCCCGGUGCUACUGGUUCAGCACGGACCAUGACGGCAACCUGCGCGAGUACAACCUCAUAGGCGUGCUGAUGGGCCUGGCGGUCUACAACUCCAUCAUCCUGGACCUGCACUUCCCCUCCGUGUGCUACCGCAAGCUGCUGUCUCCUCCGGUGGUGCCCUCCUCGCACUCGGACAGCGUGGGCGUGGUCAAGUCCCCGGGCAUGGACGACCUGGCGGAAAUAAUGCCGGAUGUGGCCAGGGGCUUGGGAGAACUGCUAGCUUAUGAAGGCAAUGUGGAAGAAGACAUGUGUAUGAGUUUCCAGGUGUCGCUGGAGGAGUACGGCGACGUGAAGACGUACGACCUGAAGGAGGGCGGGGAGAACACGCCCGUCACGAACGACAACCGCGACGAGUACGUGGACCUGUACCUGGACUGGAUACUCAACGCCGCCAUCUACGACCAGUUCCGGGCCUUCUACCUCGGCUUCCACAGCGUGUGCGCCUCCAACGCCCUCAUCAUGCUGCGGCCAGAAGAGGUCGAGAUGCUGGUGUGCGGCUCCCCCACGCUGGACCUCAACGAGCUGCGGAAGGUGACGGAGUACGACGGCUACAAGGCAGACGACACGACCAUCACUGACUUCUGGGAAGUCCUCCAGUCCCUGUCCGAGGAGCUGAAGAAGAAGUUCCUGCUGUUUGCGACGGGCAGUGACCGAGUGCCAGUGGGCGGGAUGGGCGAGAUGACCUUCAAGAUAACCCGCAUCACGAACAGGACAGACAACCUGCCAGAGGCCCACACGUGCUUCAACCAGUUGGUUCUGCCGACCUACACCAGCCAGGAGACGCUGCGACAGAAGCUCAUCAUAGCCAUCUCCAACGCAGAGGGCUUUGGCCUUGAGUAGCAUCCAACCACCACGUGACGUGAAUAAACUUCAUUUUCCCCUCAAGUCAUUUGCGAACCGUUCAUGUUCCGUAAUGGGAUUUGGCGCUUUCAGUGUGAUAGGGGACUAAGUUACAUGAGUGGGUGUGUGACGUACCAUGUACAGUUUGUUAUUCUCACGUGUGAACCCAGUGUGCCUGUCCAUAAUUGUGUAUAGUUAAAGAAAUGUAAAUAUUAUGAAACCUAAACUACAUUCUGUCAAGUCAAAAUGGGAAAGUAAACCAGCCUGAGAGGACCCGUCUUGGAUGAUGCCUUCAGGAUGAGAGCACAGAUGAGGCAUACACUGGAGACUUUUUUAAAUGGUACCUACACAUAGUGCAUAAUGAUUUUCAUUGUUUUUAACAGGUUAGAAAAUUAUUUAAGCAAAUGAGAACACAAGUGUAAAUAUUAAUAUCACAUUCCUGAAUUUCUGUCACAAAUGCUCCAUUGUGUACGUUGUUUCCUGUUAUUCACAUACAUACCUUUUUGUAAUGCUGUUCAUGAAAUAAAAUUGUUAAAAAUAAA